UUUUAACUGGACGUUAGUAGGUGGCGGGUAGUAUUGUACCAAGCAGCAGGAGUAGUAUAAUCGAUCGCCUACUCUGAUUCACACAAAAACGACGCAAUCGUGCUCGCAGGAUUUGUUAUUUUCGGAGUCUGACAGAACGUGGUGUUUGUUGGUUUUCGUAUUUUAUACAGAAAAAUCAAGCCUAGGAUAUCGAGUUUCAUUUAAUAGAAUUCAAAUAGUAAAUAGGUCACAAUGUCGCAUACAGUGACCGUGACAAGGACGACCACAACCACCACUACUUCUGCCAUCAUUAUCAAUUCCGGCUAUUUGAAAACAUGGCCUGGAUUACUUAAAUUGGCACAAUUGAUCUUGGGCAUAGUUACCGUGGGAAUGGUCUCCUUUUACAUCCAGAAGUAUCAGAACAUGAUCCAGACUCCAGAACUGUUCUUCCUUAUUGUGGCAACUAUUUUCAUGGCUGGAACAUUCUUUCUACUACUUUCCUGUCUACUAUCCAUAGCUACGGCAUCAAUAUUACCCAAAACGAUAUAUGAAGUAAUAUACCACGGAUUUGCAUUCUUGUUUCUACUUGCCGCAGGAUUGACAUUCGUCGUUUACGUGAAUCAAAAGAAAAAUUCUUACUACUAUGACUAUGAUGCCUAUUUAGCUGCAGCAAUUUUGGGAUUGGUCAAUGCAGCUCUAUACUUAGGCAGCACUAUUUUCGCCCUAAGAAGCUACAGGGGACUGUAAAAAACUUCUGCCCAACUUUGUUUUAAUUUUACUUAAAUUAAUUUAUUGCUAAACAGACAACAAGACUUGAAUAGAAGAUAAUAUUACGAAGUAACUUGUACACCACACGAAAAAAACUUAUUUUUCAAUAAUAUACUCAACCUAAUAUUUCUAUACUGUUAUAAAUGUA